AUGUCGAAGACAGCAGCAACCGCGGCAAACCUCUUCCAUCCUAAGAAGUUGAACUUGGGCGGGUUUGUCAACACCCGCCUCAUUCGCGACCACAAUAAGCGCAUUGCCGUUGACCAAACCGAAGCCGAACGACAAGCACUCCGCUACAUGAUCCGCAACACCAGUCUCCCCGGCCGCGUCCGCGCGCAGGCUCAGCUUCAGCUUUCACAGAUGCACUGCUACACUCGCCCUACCCAGAUCAAGAACCGCUGUAUCGCGUCCGGUACUGCGCGCAGUGUCUUCAGAGAUUUCCGACUGAACCGGUUCCAAUUCCGUAUGCAGGCUCUUGCCGGCGAGCUCCCUGGAGUGAAGAAGGCCAGUUGGUAG